UAAUAUAUAUGUGUUCUACCUGACGUAAAAAUGUUAUAUUAAUAUAUACUUAAAAUAAUAUUCCCGUUGCAGACUUUUAAAGCUGCCAUUUUGAAUGAGAGACGUAUUCUUUCAACGGAACGGAACUAAAAAACAACGGAACCCGGACGUCUUUCACGUCAACACCCACUGUUUCUGCUUUUCAAACCAGGAAGAUGGAUUUGCUGUCGAUCAAAUGGAUAGUUAAUUUGCUAGUUUGUUGGUUUUUCAUCGGUGUCGGCUGUAAUUCAGUGGAAAAGAAGAUUUAUGUGCAUCUCAAUUACACUGUCCCGUGUGUGCGACUUCUCAAUGCAACACAUCAAAUAGGAUGCCAGUCCAAACUGUCAGGUAAUGUGGGCGUCCUUCAUGUGCUUGAGUCAGAGGAAAAUGUUGACUGGGUCCUGAGCACUGGGGCCAAUCCUCCUUAUCUGGUUAUCCUGGAGUCUGCGCUGUUUACCAGAUCCAUCAUGAUGAAGCUGAAGAACGGCUCAAGCAGGGUGGCUGGCGUUGCUGUUAUUGUGCCGAACACAAACCCGCUGGGGGGCUUCUCCCCACACACCUCCUGUCCCAACGAAAACACAGGUGUGUAUUCAGAGAGCUACGAUCCAGCCCUGGCACAUUGUAACGUGACCAUGUGGAACCCUUUUGGAAAUGGCUUGUCCUAUGAGGAGUUUGAUUUCCCCAUCUUCUCCAUGAAAGACGACAACGACAGUCAGGUCAUUCGGCAGUGUUACAUGGAUCAUAAUCGCGGUUUGAAUGGCGGCGCUCCUCAGUACCCGCUGUGUGCCAUGCAGCUCUACUCUCACAUGUCCGCCGUCACCGACACGGCCACCUGCAUGAGGAGGAAUGACAUCAACCUUAGCGUCAUCCCAGAGAUGGUUUGUGAUCCACUGGCUGACUAUAAUGUUUGGGCCUCCACCAAACCUCUCAACACCACAGCCAAGGGCCACAAGACCGGGGAGAGUGUGGUCGUAGCAGCAGCCAGGUUGGACAGCCGGUCAUUUUUCUUCGACGUUGCUCCAGGCGCAGAGAGUGGAGUCUCCGGGUUCGUCAGUCUGCUGGCGGCCGCCUCUGCUCUCAAAAACGUCAUCCAGGAAGCCCCGCCCACCCGCACCAUCUUCUACACCUUCUUCCAGGGGGAAACGUUUGACUACAUUGGCAGUUCCAGGAUGGUUUAUGAUAUGGAGAACAAUCAGUUUGCCGUGGACCUGGACAAUGUUCACUCAGUACUGGAGAUUGGACAGGUUGGACUUCGCAAUGACUCCAAGCUGUGGCUCCACUCUGAUCCCGUGUCCCGGAAGAACAGCAGCGUCAACGAAGAGGUGAGGAAGCUCAUUACCAACCUGCAGUCGGCUGCUGUGAAUCUGAACUUCACUGUGGACGAGCCAAAUUUCUCCCAGCCGCUCCCGCCCUCGUCCUUCCAGCGUUUCCUGCGAGCUCGACCAAUCCCCGGUGUGGUUAUCGAGGAUCACGAGUCUGCUUACCUCAACAGGUUCUACGAGAGUAUGUACGAUAACUCCGAUUACCUGCGCAUGUCGUAUCCAUCAAACCUGACGCAAGAGGAGCAGCUAGCGUUUGUCACCGAGACCGCUAAGGCUCUGACGGAGGUUGCCACCCUGGUUGCGCGGGCUCUGUACAUCCAGGCGGGAGGGGCUGAAGCCCAGCUGAAGAACAUUAACGCAGACCCUGAUAUAGUAAGCCCGAUGCUGUACGGCUUCCUUGUUAGAACAAAUAACACCUGGUUCCAGCAACUACUCCCCUCCGACCUCAUGAGCCACCUGGCUGACAGACCCACAAACUUCUACGUUGGCGUUGUGCAGCAGUCCAGCGAGCCGACCCUCCUGGUGCAGUAUCUGCUGGCUAACAUGACCGGCACCAGUUUCAACAUCUCACAGGAAAACUGCAAGAACCAGAGAAUGGACGAGAAGGACGAGGAGAGCAAACAUAUGUACACCUACAUGUGGGUUCAGGGCGCAGCGCCUCCCAACAGCACUCAGAGGGAGGGAUUCUGUGUUCGCUCCACGGUCCGUCUCUCCAAAGCGCUUUCCCCGGCCUUCGAACUGAAAGACUUCACCUCCACAAAUUACUCGACGUGGACAGAGUCCCGGUGGAAGACCAUCAAAGGACGCAUAUUCCUGGUGGCGAGUCACGACCUGGAGAUGCUGACGCUGGGUGUGGGUGUCGGCGUGCUCAUAACCUCCCUCCUGCUGACGUACGUCAUGAGCUCGAAGGCCGAAAUCCUCUUCAGCUCGGGACGGGAACCCGCCAACGCCACCUACUGAUCCAGACCGAGGCGCCGCUGACCACCACUAUUAUUACUACUACUACUAUUCCUACAAUUUCUACUGAUACCCCACCCAGACAUGGACACGGUCUUCUUUUUAAUACACAUCAAAAGUAGGUACACGGACAGGUUAGACACAGAAGCAGAGAUAUGGGUUUUUUUUCUUCCGACUACUCCAUGUUUAAGGACUCACUGAGGUGAGGCGGGACAUGAAGACUGGACCGGACUUGAUGGAUCUGGACUCAUCAGGGUCACUCUUCAGGCCCUGUCAGUGGAAAAGAUGUUUAUAUUUCUUUUUGUUUUAAAGGUUUUUGUUUUCCCUUUUUAUUGUCACUGAAUGUUUACCCUGAGAUAGGCACUAAACAUUGAGCAUUAAUUUGAACACAUGUGUCUGAUUGUGAAUAUGUAAAUGUGACCGAGCGUGUGUGUGUGUGUGGGGGGGGGGGGGAUGAUUGAGUGUGUGUGUGUGUGCGUGUGUGUGUCUGAACUUUGAAUUAGGAUUGCGAUGGUAUGUGCAAUACUGUAGCUGUCUUCUCUGUCAAUAUAGUUAACUUAUCAAUCAGUUCUAAUAAGAAGAAACCUUUUUUUUGAGUCGGUGAACAAGUAGUUAAAUUGAAGGUUUUUUGCAAAUUCUGGAAAUGUGUGGUGGAGUUUUUUGAUAAGUUUUAGGUUCUUGAACAACAAUCCUAAAUAUUUAUAUUGGCGGAGUCCCAGUACACAUAUAACUACACAUGUAUGUAGUUGUAAACCCACUUCAAUUUCACAUAUUGUGAUAUUUGUGUGAAGAAGAAGAAUUCCCAAUGAGCUCGGCAUGGCAGACACACUUUACUUCAUAUCGAUCAGCUGCCAAAAACCUUCAAAUCCAGUCAGAAAAUCUGGUAUUUCGACACGUAAAAUGCGCUGGUACUCUGGCUGUGCAUUCUUUUUGGUUCGUACCUUUUUAACAAGGUUUCUUUUAAAGAUAACUUCGUAAAAAAAAAAGUGUGUCAACACGGAGGAAGGUUUUAAUUAAUUGUGUUGUAAUGUAACGGCUGGAAUCAAUGACCAAUUGUGAUGCCUUGAUGAAGAAAUAAACAUUGCUUUUUUCCAGG